GUAGCAAACAAAGUGUGCCAAUAACUCCAUUUUUGAAUGUUCCAUCUCAGAUGUACACCUUUUGCGCCGAUAACGCUAUUGAGCAAUUGGUUUUAGGAGACGACGAGCACAUAAGAAUAAGAAUAGAUCACGGUCCCGGCGAUGGGAUGUUUUCUCGCAAUUACUACAAAAUCGUGUCGACUGCUCGCUAUUAUUCCAGCCUCAGUAAUCAAUCGUAUUAUCGAAAAUCUCUUAAGAAACUGAACUUCCCGCCUACCGUGCAGUGUACCUUAAGGAUUAUAGAGAUCGACGUCUUGUGUGAUUUAUCAAAUAAUUCAUUAGACGAUUUUUGUUCGACAUUAUUUGCGUCUCCGGAAUCGUCAAAACGUGCCAAUUUAUUGUUUGUGAUCGUCCUCUUUGAAAUUACGCGUGGUUUUUGUGAUGAUGUGUACAAGGGAGCGUUGCGUCCGGUUAGGGCCGAAGAAAACAUGGCGUCGAUCAUUAGUCGUUAUCUUCUUUUGACGCUUCCAUCAUCUCUCAUUUCUCGAAGUUGGUGCUAA